AUGGGGAAAGAACGCCUUCAGAAAAAAGAGCGACAUAAUCCUCUUCACGUUCAACUUAUAGAGGAUGAAUUACCUAACAAAAAGCGUUAUAAAGAUAAAUAUAUAACCCGAAGACAAGAAAAGGAUGAGGAAGACGAAUAUACUGGACCUGACCUUUCACGGAAAAUUCUUCAAAUCGCAAGAGAGCAACAGGAAGAACUUGAAUUAGAAGAUCAAGUGCAUAAGUUCAAAAAUGAUCAAAAUCGAAUGCUUCAAUCCAUGAUAGAUGAUGAAAGCGAUCAAGAUGAGAAUUUUUCAGAUGAUGGUGAUAACUUUGAAUAUGAAGAACUAGAGAUAGAUGAAACUGAUCAACAAAUUCUUGAUAAAUUUAUGCCUAAUGUACCAAAAGAAAGGAGAACUUUGUCCGAUAUAAUAAUGGAAAAGAUUGCCUUGCAAGAAUUGGAUCAAUCAAGUUCAAUAGAGAAAAGCGGACAAUCUUCUAUAAAUCCAAAAGUGGUCGAAGUAUAUACAAAAGUUGGUACCUUACUGAGUCGAUAUAAAUCAGGAAAACUUCCCAAAGCAUUUAAAAUAAUCCCGUCAUUACCUAAUUGGGAAGAGAUAUUGUAUAUUACACAUCCUGAAAAUUGGACACCACAUGCUACCCUUCAAGCAACGAGAAUUUUCGUUUCAAAUCUUAAAGCUAAACAAACUCAAAGAUUUUUUGAUCUCGUCUUAUUGGAUAAAGUUCGGGAUGAUAUACAUGAAAAUAAGAAGCUUAAUUGUCAUUUGUAUAUGGCUCUUAAAAAAGCUUUAUACAAACCAGCUGCUUUUUUCAAAGGUAUCUUGUUUCCACUAUGCGAGUCUGGUACAUGCACAUUAAAAGAGGCAGUUAUUAUUGGAAGUGUAAUAUCAAAAGUAAGCAUUCCAAUGCUUCACUCUUCAGCCGCAUUGCUACGUCUCGCCGAAAUGGAGUAUACAGGACCCACUAGUAUAUUUAUUCGUAUAUUACUUGAUAAAAAAUAUGCACUACCUUUCAAAGUAGUGGACGCACUGGUUUUUCAUUUUAUUCGAUUUAAGAAUGAUGAAAGAAUUAUGCCAGUACUAUGGCAUCAAUCACUUCUAAUAUUUGCUCAAAGAUAUAAACAAGAUUUAUCACCUGAUCAAAAAGAUGCACUUCUUGAAUUGGUUAAAAUCAAGUUUCAUUAUCUUAUCACCCCGGAAAUUCGUCGAGAAAUUGCCAAUUCAGUUGCUCGAGAUUUAAUUGAAGAUAAUGCGAUGGAACAAAUAUAA